UAGAGAAGAACUGAAGCAAGAAUCGAUCUUAUAUAUAUUUGUCUUCAUCAAUUUCAAGAUAUCAAGCUACAGAUGGAGAACGAAAAUGAUCAUCUUUUGGAGAUCAACCUAAUCUCCGCACAAGGUCUCAAAACUCCAUCCACCAAUCUCCGCCGUUUACAAACCUACGCAAUCGCUUGGAUCGAUCCAUCUUCCAAGCUUCGAACAAGACUCGACAUCGUCGGCGGUGAAAACCCUACAUGGAACGAGAAAUUCCUAUUUCGAGUCACCGCCCAUUUCCUCUCAAGCCAAACCUCCGGUAUAACAAUCGAGAUCUACUCAAUCGGUUACAUUAAAGAUCCUCUCCUCGGCACCGUUCGAUUUCUCCUCAGCAGUUGUAUCCCUAACGGAGGCGGCGCCGCCACCCCUGCUUUCACCGCCGUUCAGAUCCGCCGUCCUUCCGGUAGAUUCCAAGGCGUUCUCAACAUCGCCGCAACUGUUCAUAACGGAGGAUUAGGUUUAGCAUCGAUUAAUGGAUUACAAGCGAUUAGUUUUCGAGAUCUUAACGGAGAUAAUCGACGGCGACGGUUAGGUCAUCGGAGGAAGGGAUCUUCUAACAAGAGUGAGAAAUCGUCCGGCGACGGUGAUGAUGCAUCCGACGGCGGUGAAUCGACGACGUCUUCGUCGUCGAUCUCAUCUAUGGCGUUGAAGGAGAUGAAUAAUGAGAUUGGAGAAGAAUUGGCGGGAAAAAAAGAGAUGGAAUCGGACGGUGGUGGUGCUAUGCUGUGUGGUCUAUUCUUGCAUCAAAGGAAGCUUCAUUUUGGACCGUCGGAUGAAAAUAUUCGAGCGUUUACAUCAUCUAUGUGGAAGAGAAAGGAUUGAUCAAACGGUUUAGAUUGGAGGCUUCGAAUUAUACACAAUGUUUGAUCGUUUCAGACAAUUUUAAUUUCAUGUUACACAUUUCAAUUUCAUACUAUUUUUUUUUCC